GACACGAGAUGAGGAGUGGUUUCUGAGGUUUCCUCUUCAUCAGGGGCUCUCCUUUCAGGCUUUCAGCUCUGAGGUGAUGCUGUGUUAAGCUAGGAUGCUUCCAUGAGGAGCAUCCUAAGUGUCUCAUAUGGUUCUCUGGGAGCAGACAGAAGACAGCAGACAAGGAAGUAGAAAUGAAACUAGGAAAUUAAACUAUGGCUACACUAAGCCUACUUUUCCCAUUGGUUUUUUUCCAUGAGAUUUCAGCUGGUGCCAUGUUGCUCCAUCUCUUCAUUUUUGUCCUUCUGUUGCGGCCAACUGAGCCCUCCGUAGGUACCUACACAGGAGUGGUGGGUCAAACUGUCCUUUUACCAUGUUCCUAUGUGGUUAAUCCAAGAAACAAAACUGUGCCUAUAUGCUGGGGUAAAGGGGCCUGCCCUUUAAGUCGAUGUACUGAAGAAUUUCUCACCACUGAUGGAUGGAAAGUGACACAUCAGAAGAUAAAGAGAUACAAGUUAAAGGGAGAUCUUUUCCGAGGGAAUGUGUCCUUAACAAUUGAGAAUGUGGGAGAAGCAGACAGUGGAAUUUAUUGCUGCAGGAUAGAAUUUAAAGGUCUACUUAAUGACCAAAAAACAUCCCUGAAGUUAGUGGUCAAACCAGCCGAGACAACCACAUUCAGACUUCAACCACAACAGACUUCAAGAAAUACCCAGUCUAAUAACCCAAUAGGAUAUGAUUUUACCACUGAGGAUAGCUUUAGCGGCAUCACAGAAAUUUUGGAAAUAACUUCGACAGCUAAUGAGUUACAAAAGUCUGGAGAUGCCACAAGAAUUGGAAUAUACAUUGGUGUUAGCAUCUUUAUGGUAUUAGUCUUAGCUCUUGCCCUUGGUACCUUUAUUCUCAAAAGGCGUUCCUAUAGCAAAAAGAAGUUGCAGAAAUCCAGUAUAAUCUUCAUGUCAAAUCCACUCCCCAAAGACAUAAGAAAUAUAGCAGGAGAGAGGCUGCAAGUUGAAGAAAAUAUCUACACCAUAGAAGAGAACAUUUAUGAAAUUCAGGAUGAAUAUGAAUAUUCAGGAAGAGCAUCAUGAUUCUACAAACCAGAAAUAACUCUAAUGAUGUCAUUGCUUGUCUUAUUUUAAGUCCACUGAUCAACCUUAGGCGACCAUGCCAUCCCAGUCCUCACACAUUUUUAAUUGGCCCCUAUUUUAUACAGGCUAACAUACAAAUUCUUCAGUCUAGAAUUUAAACUCUGCUCAAUCAGGCUCCAACUUACCUUUGCAAAAUGAUUUCACAUUAUUCCCCAUCACGUACUCUCCAUUUCAGUCAAAAUAUUCUACUAACUGUUCCCUGGACUUGAUAUUCUGUCUCCCAUCUCUGCCUCUGUGCCUCAGUUGUCCAUCUUCCGUGCUUGGAAUGUACAGAGAGCUUCAUUUCCUCCAAGGCUGGACCCAGGUGUCACUUCCUCUCUUAAGUUUUCUAUGGUCCCCUGCCAACUUUCCCUUAUUCUUACUCCUCAGUCAUUAGUGUUUUCUGCCUUCUCAGAUGAUCUUGUUUUAACUUAUCUGUGCAUGCAUCAUAUUCCUUAGCAGAAUGGAAGCCCCUUAAGGGCAGGGAUCUGUUUGGGUUUUGUUUUUUAUCUUUGUGUUUAUAGAUAUAGCACUGUGCCUUGUAUAUAGUAGGUAUUUAAUAAAUUUUAUAAAAAUUGAGUUGAAUUGGCAGGAAAGUAUGUAACAUCAGAGCAUCAUGCAAACAGAAAAUUCAUCCAAGGAGAAACCUGUGUAUAGUAAAUACACUGUCUGGUAGAACAGUGGGAUAAUAGGACUAAAUCUCCUUAUUUUGCAUGCAAUUAGCUUUAUAUGAAUGAAGUUUAACAUUUUCAGUACUUACUGCAAUGGAUGACUAGGUGGCAUAGUGGAUAGAGUGCCGGGCCUGGAGUCAGGAAGAUUCAACUUCCUGAGUUCAAAUCCAG